AAGGGAAUAAAACAGAGAAAUAUUAGGUUUGGGUCAUAGGAAGAAAGCGAAAGCAGAAGAAGAGCAAAGAGCAGAGAGAGUCAGAGAGAGAUGAAAGGAAGUUCUUUGGUACGUGUUUUACAAAUGGGAAUGGUGGUGUGGUGCAUUGGUGUUGCGUGGAAUAGCGUUCCAAUUGGGUGUGAAGAAUGCAAGAGAAAAGCAGUGAUUUUCAACUUUGGGGAUUCCAAUUCAGACACAGGAGGUCUCGCAGCUGGACUCGGCUAUAACAUCACCCUUCCAAACGGCCGUACUUUCUUCCGCCGUUCCACCGGUCGCUUGUCUGAUGGUCGCUUAGUUCUCGAUGUCCUCUGCCAGAGUUUGAAUAUAAGUCUUUUGAGUCCGUAUAUGGAUUCUUUGGGGUCAGAUUUUACAAAUGGAGCAAAUUUCGCAAUUGUUGGUUCUUCUACCCUACCAAAAUCAAUUCCUUUUGCCUUAGAUAUUCAAGUUAGGCAAUUCCUUCAUUUCAAGGAUCACUCACUCCAAAUUACCUCUCCUCCUCAAGGUUGUUCAAGCUCCUUGGUUGAUGAUAAAGGUUUCCUAAAUGCACUUUACAUGAUCGACAUUGGACAAAAUGAUCUCUCCGAUUCCUUCACUAAAAAUUUAACCUAUGAACAAGUCAUCCAAAGAAUCCCAUCCAUCCUUGCACAAAUCAAAUCUGCUGUUAAGACUAUUUAUGAUCAAGGUGGCAAGAAUUUCUGGAUCCAUAAUACUGGGCCGUUGGGCUGUCUUCCCCAAAAGCUAUCAUUAGUUAGCAAAACUAUCGAAGAUCUCGACAGAUAUGGAUGUAUACGCUCAUACAACGAUGCUGCAGAGGAGUUUAAUCGAGGUCUGCGUGCUCUUUGUGAAGAAAUGAGAACUGAAAUGUUGAAUGCCACCAUUGUCUAUGUAGACAUGUAUAGCAUCAAGUAUGAUAUCAUUGCCAACUCUACCAAAUAUGGUUUUGAGAAUCCAUUAAUGGCGUGUUGUGGCUAUGGUGGCCCUCCAUACAACUACGACAUUCGCUUAACAUGUGGACAGAGUGGAUGCCGUGUUUGUAAUGAGGGAACACGCUUUGUAAGUUGGGAUGGAACUCACUACACUGAAGCCGCCAACACCAUGAUCGCAUCCAAAAUAUUGUCGACAGCUUAUUCCACACCACAAUUCAAAUUCGACUUUUUUUGCCAAGCCUGACAAUCCUU